AUGCAGUCCUUCGUCAUUCUGGCCGCGGCCGCGCUGAGCGCCGUCGCAAACGGUUUCGUUCUGCCUCGCCAAGCCAACAGCUGCGGCUCGACCACCUUCACCAACUACACCGUUGUUUCUGGUGACACCCUCACCACGAUUGCCGAGCAGUGGAACUCUGGCAUCUGCGACAUCGCCAAGGCCAACAACAUUGAGAACAUCAACCUUAUCGAGCCUGGCCAGAUUCUCACCAUCCCCACCAACUGCGUCACACCCGACAACACCUCCUGCAACGUUACUCCCGUUCCAGAGGCCACCGCGACCUGUGUGCCUGGUGUCGGCUCCACCUACGAUGUUCGCUCCGGCGACUCACUCUCCGCCAUUGCUGCCAACUUUAAGAUCACCCUCGCCUCAGUCAUCGCUGCCAACCCGCAGAUCGAGGACCCUGAUCUCAUCUUCCCGGGCCAGAUCAUCAACAUCCCCAUCUGUAGUGAGUCCCUCUGCGAGAGCAUCGGAACCAGGGCCAUCAAGYCCGGCGACACUUUCUUCGACUUGGCCAACACCUUCCAGACUAGCAUCGGACAAAUCAUGUCGGUCAACUACGGUGUCGACCCUACCACGUUGCCGGUCGGCAAGGUUAUCAUCCUCCCUGUGAACUGCCACAACGGUACUCUUGCUUAA